AUGAUGAGAAAUGGAAAACGGAACGAGUAUAGUUAAUUUAAGCAGAAACUACCAGUGAGUAUAUUCAUAUAUUAAAAAAAGAAUAUCGAUAGAAAUAGUAUUUUAGUUUGAAUAAUUUAUAUGAAUAAAUUCUUUUUAUUGCUUGAAAGUGGUCCUUCAUUGUAAUAGUUUUUAUCGAUGAUUCUUUGAUAGUAUGGUACAUAAUCAGAUUCAAUAUCUGUAAAAUGUCCUGCGUAAACUCGCAUUUUUGCCAUAACAUCGUUAGCAGCCAAGAAAAUAUAUACAUAAGUCCACAAAAUCCCAAUUCCUACUUUUUUAUCACCUAAUACAUGGAGAUUAAAAUGAAAUUUAAUCAUAUUGAUUCUAAAUGAGAUAACUUAUAAAUGUUCAGAUUGAUAUCGCUAUUGUCUCAUCAGUUGACAGUCAAUGAAGAUCACUAAAAACAUAGUUUUCAAUAGAUCUAAGGACAUUCUUAAAUACAUAUCUGUUGGCUGAAAGUUUUACAUAACAAACAAGGCCAAACAAUCUAAUAUAUCGAUGAGCGAGACACUUUUCUUCAUCUUUGCAUUAUAAAUACAUACAUUGUAAAUUGUAUAUUGUACAUGAUCAAAUUUUUAAGAAGUUUUGAUAAUUUUUUUCUUAGUUUUCGAGAUUUUUGACUGCAUAUUAUAGAAUUAUCGUUGAUAAAAUAAUAUCCUAAAAAUCAUAACGUAUUUACUCAUGUAUUCCUUUAUAUUUUGAAAAAAUUCUUAACUUAAAUAUAUUCUUUUUAAAUAUGUAGAAUUAAUCUUUCUAUAUUACUUAAAAACUUGUUGAUAAAUUCGAUAUGUUUGAGCUAUAUAUAAUAUAGAUGCAUAUGCAUAUAAUUGACAUCGAAACAAUGGUUUUGUAAAAAGGAUUUACUACAUUGUAUAUAGGUAUUAAAAUGAUAUAAUGAAUGCAUUUUAUUUUUAAUCACAGUUAAUCGAUUGUUUUAAUUAUGAUUAUAAUAUAUUAUAUAUAAUAGGUAUACUAAUAUAAUUACGUAAUAAUCAUUAUAUAUAAUUAUUACUAUAGUAAAGAAUAUACUUUUAUUGCAAAUUAUUCUUGUAAUUUUUACAAUAUACUAUAUCAAAGAAAUAGAAACGUAAUGUUUUCUAAUUCUAUUGUACAAAGCAAAAAAUUUAUGACAUAAGGCAAGAAUAAAUUAAUGUAAAAUACUUUCGAAUGUAGUGUAUUCUUAUCGUAGCUGCUCAACACAAUUACAUACUUGGACUUUACUCUUUUCGUUGUAUAAACAGUGCGUACUGUAGAUAGAUUCGUAAAGUAUCGUGCGAUAACCAUAGUAUACAUCUAUAUUCAUCCAUAGUAUAUAGUAUAUAUACACACAGCAUACUAAGUUUUUUCUAAUGCAUUAUAUUUAUUUUAAUUAUGAAUUUUAGUGUGUAUAAUUUUUAUUAUUGUAUAAAUUCAAUCAGAAAAGCAAUGAAAACUAAUAAAUUUAAGUUAAAAGAUAUGCAAAAAUAAUAAUGUUUGUUUUGUAGACUUAUUUUAAAUAAAUUAUUUAUAAUAAGUCUAUAAUACUCAUUUAUGUAAUGAAUACUCAUUACAAGAAAAUGACGUAUACCUUCAGUAUAUUCUAGUCAUUAUUUUUUGUAUUAUUUUUUGUGGAAUCUUCUUCCUACAUUAGAUACAUCAUCGGUUUCUCUUAAGUAUAAUCAUGUUGUGUCGUGCUGCAUAUCAAAUAUGAUAAUGAUUAUAUAUAUGUAUAUAUAAAAUCAUUACAUGUGUGUGUAUGCGUGCGCGCGCGCGUGUGUAUACCAUAUAUAAAUGCACUAUAUGAUUUUGCAUUUGUUAAAUUGUAUUGACAAAUUGUAUCACGUAAUACAAUGCAUCAUUGUGCACAUACAUUGUAUUAUGUACAUAUAUGUACAUGGAGUUCAUUGCAUGCAUACAUAUUUGCAUAAACAUGCGCAGAAUAACAGAAUUUUGUUUGUCAUUAAUAUAAUUUUAAGUACGCAAGAUGUAUAUGUAUAUAAGGGAUAAUCUCUCUAAGAAUCAGAUAUUUAUUAUUAAAUUCAAUAUUGUAUUUAUUAUUUUUAAAAUUUAAUAUUACAAAAUUUAUUAUUUUAAUACAUGAACAUUUUGAAAGAGUUUGCUAAUUGCUUAAACGAUAAAUACAUAUCUACGUAUACCAAGUGCGACAAAUGAUGCGGGCAGGAAGUGAUUCUUUAUGCAAUAUGAAAAAAUAAGAAAGAAAUAUAGAAAAAAGUGAGUAUCGGACAAGGAAAUUUUAUUAUAUAUUUUUUUCUUAUUUUUCCGUAAAGAAUCACCUUCUGAUCUUGACAUAUUAUUCGACGUUAUAUAAACAUUGAUAUAAACUAUUAAUUUAUCAUUAGCAAAGAAGUUAAUCACUUGUGUACAAUAUACAAUUUAUAGACUUAAGUUAAGAAUACGACAUAUACAUUAUGCAAAAUGAUUGUUUCGUCAUCACAGAUCAUAGAAAUCAGUAUAUUUUAUAACAUUAUUUUUAAUUAAUUUUUUUAAAGAAAGCUGGCUUACGUAUAACUGUGUAAGUAAUAUAAUUUUGUAAAUCAUAUUUUUUUCAAGGUAACACGGUGGAUGACUGGUUAUUUUCAUAUAGAUCUUCAACGAAUUAUUUUUCGUUCUUAAGUUUGAGACGUGUAAUAUGAUGACGUCAGAUGAAACGUGAUAUGCAAUUCUAAAUAUCAAAGUAUUAUUUUUUGACGUAUUACUUUUAAAAAAUGUGAGAUAAUUACAAAUAAUGAAGUUCAAUAUAUCAUUUUAGGAUGAUUCAUGAUUUAUCGAAGUGAUAUUCUUCGAUAAUAUAUAAUUGAUUUUUGUUUGUAGUUACACACUAAUGAAUAUAUUUUCUGUUGCCUGAAAUGAUCAUUAUAUAUUGCUAUUAUAACGAUUAAAGUAAUUAAAAAGCGAACGUCGAUUAUUUAUGUAAUUCGUUAAAAUGUUUUCAUUACCUUUUGGCAAAACUAAAAUCAAAGCAAUCAUUCAAUAAAAAAUUAAUUUAAAUUGUUAAUUUUAAUUUAAAAAAGCUAAUUAGAAAAGCUAAAAAGAAAUUAGAAAAAUAUAAAAGUCAUUCGAAAUAGGUUAAAUAAUCAUAGUGGUAUGUGUGUGUUGUGUAGUGUAUGCAUGAUGUAUAUGUAUACACACCAAAAAAACGAUUGCAGAAGCACAAUCAAAAAGAUAUACACGUGUACGAUCUCGACUUUGAUCACAUCACUCUUCAUUCUUCCUCGAUCUUUGUUGCAUCCUUAAAAAGAUAA